AUGCGGUGGCUCCAGUUCCUCACAGCCUCGCUGCUGCCCUUUACCGCCCUUGCGGCCAAGAAAUCCACUGGCGACCGCUUCACAGACAUGCGCGCCAAAUCUCUCUCCACUGGCCUGCCCAUCAAGUUGGACGACUCUAGUUACAGCAAAUUGACCAAGGCACCGAGAGACUACUCUGUUGCAGUGUUGCUUACAGCGCUCGAGACGAGGUUUGGAUGUGUCAUGUGCCGAGAGUUCGCGCCAGAGUGGGAUUUGCUGGGUAAGAGCUGGAUGAAAGGUGAUAAGAACGGCGAUACCAGGCUUUUGUUUGGGACUUUGGACUUUGGUGAUGGGAAGAAUACCUUCCAGUCGCUGCAACUCCAAACCGCCCCCGUCCUCCUCUUCUUCCCUCCCACCGUUGGCCCCAACGCAAAGCCAGAUGGCCAACCCCUCCGCUACGACUUCAGCACCGGUCCCAUACCCGCAGAGAGACUCCACGCGUGGAUCUCGCGCCAGCUCCCCGCCGACGUAGCCAAACCCUCCAUCUCGCGCCCAACCAACUGGGUGAAGAUCAUCACCCUCACCACCGCCGUACUCGGCGCCAUCACCCUCAUUGCCGUCGCAUCGCCCUACGUCAUUCCCAUCCUGCAGAACCGCAACCUCUGGGCUGCGAUCAGUCUGAUCGCCGUCCUCCUCUUCACCACCGGCCACAUGUUCAACCACAUCCGCAAGACGCCCUACGUAUCCGGUAAUGGCAAGGGCGGCAUCAGCUACUUUGCAGGCGGCUUCCAGAACCAGCUCGGUAUCGAGUCGCAGAUUAUGGCGGCCAUUUAUGGCGUCCUGGCUUUUGCCACCAUCUCGCUUGCCCUCAAGGUGCCUAGGAUCAAGGACCCGAGGACACAGCAAUUUGCCGUCUUCUUGUGGAGUGGUGUGCUACUGUGCAUGUACAGUUUCUUGCUCAGUGUGUUUAGGGGCAAAAAUGGUGGCUAUCAGUUCUGGCUGCCUCCAUUCUAG